AUGAGAAAUUCACUCGCGACACCAUCAUCGCCUGGAUUUUCAUAUCUUUUUCUUUUUAAAAAGGAAUAUCAUACCUAUAUUUCUGGGGGGUUAGGCCCUUCUCCGACUGUUUUAGAAGUUUUUUCCCUUUUUACCAAUAAUGAUUUAAUUUAUCGCACAGAUUUGCAUAUAAAACCAACUAAAUUAGAUGAUGCAAAACUUGUAACAAUUGAGUCCGGAAGACCUCCGAGUAAACCAGAGCGUCGACAAGCAGGUUGGGAUGGGGAUGUGGAUGAAGGUGAUGAAGAAUAUAAUGCGAGAGUGGAACGAUGGCGAGAUGAAUAUUUGAGGUGGUUUGAGGUGGAAGAUUUUAUGUAUAGAAUUAGUGAUGAGCAUUAUUUGGAAUAUAAAUUUGGAUAA